CCGUGCUCGCCAACAGGGUUUUCGAGUGUCGGCCCCGUUUGGGGGGGUGGUGGGGGGGGGGGGAAGGGGGACAAGCCUGGGCAGGACGGGCUUUGGCGCUGUCCACUGAGCUCCGCUCCGGCAUCUGUGGCCGGUGGGCUACCUGCAAGGCUACAAUGGCGCCCAAGAAAGGGAGGGGAGAUCAGCCAUUCGUUCCGGUCAGUAAAGACAAGCAGAGGGAGGCGGAGCUGAAGUUUUGCGGCUUUAAGUGGGUUAUGAAGGGGCAGACGAUGCCGAAUUCGAAUGGCAAUUUCCUCAUGGAGUGCAAGCUGUGUGGUCAAGGUUUUCAGGGGAGCCAGACGAAAGCCGCACAGCACUUCACGAUCAAGAACAAUUGCGCCAAAAUCUCUGUGGAGCAGAUGGCGGAGAUAUGGAACAAGACAAAGUACGGGUUCGAUCCAAGCCAUGCACGGAAGAUCGUGGACUUUCUGAAGUCUCGUGGGUUGCGAGACAACAGAUCUGGAUCGGGGAGGGAGCUGGCGGGGAAUGAAGAGUUUGAGGACAGCGAGGAGGAGAGGAGGGCGGUCGAGGGUGGAGAUCAUGAUGGUGAGAGUGAUGCAGAGGACAUGGAGCGACAUCGAGUUGUGGCGGACAUGGUGGCGGCCAUCCACAGGGACAUUGAGGCGACGGGAGCGACCAUCCUCACGGAUGGUCGCAAGUCCAUCACGAGCGACCAGAUAGUCAACUUCCUUGCUGCUUGUCCCACGGGCGCGUACCUUUUUAGGACUGUAGAGCGGGAUGGUGCUGUUCAGGAGACAGCAGAGGCCGUAGAAGAGCGAUGGAAGGACGUGUUCGACAAGUUUGGUGUCGACAAGGAUGGGCGCGACGGGAGCCUCGGGAAGAGGGAGGACACCAUCAUCAGGGCUCGAGCUGUCGUGCGUUUCAUCAGAGAGCACGGGGCGGCUCUGAGCCUUUAUCGACGGUUCUCUGCCGCCCACCCCUCUUCCGCCUCCGCGGCGGCUGGUGGUUCGAGCUUUGCGCCACCCUCGUCUCAGCGGCGAGGCAGGGAGCUUGUGUACCCUGUGCAGACGAAGUUUGCCACCCACUGCUUGAUGCUGGAGAGGCUGCUGGAUCGUUGCAGAGCGUUGGAGGCGUUGGUUAUGAGAGACGAUUGGCUGCGGACUGCAUGGAGGAGGUCCAUUUUUCUGCAGGCCAGAUGGGUGCGUCAUCAGGUGCAGUACGCGCCAUUCUGGGAGCACGUGGAGGACAUCGUGGUGCUCAUGACGCCUGUGAUGCAGUUGCUACGGCGUCUGGACAGGGGGGGUCGCGUGAUGACUCGCAUGUGGUCGUGCGGUUUUGUCAUGGUCGACAGGGUGGCGAGAGCAAGCCUUAACAGGACGUCGAAGGACGAGCUCCACAUCGUUGUUCAGGCUUGUCAGGCGCGGCUGGCGGAGUUUCAUUCUCGGGAGGGCGAUUGGACGUAUGGAGGAGCCGAGGGAGAUAGGGAUGCGGCCGCCUGCAAAGGGGAGAAGGAGACGUCACAGGGCGCUGAGGAGGAGACAGAGGACGCUAUUCCUCCACCUCGUGAUGAGGGUGUUCGGCCGGCUGACCGAGUCACCGAGGCACAGCGCGACCGGCAGAUCCAGCGCGGACGAAAGGAUCGCCUUUCAAAGGCACCUCCCAGCGUCGCGACGUAUUUCGGUCGUCGCGCCACGGUGCUCAUGGCGCAUGAGUUGGAGUCGGUGUACGAUCCCGAGCCUGAUCCCAUGGCUCAUGACGCGAUGGAGGCCGAGCCGUGGUCCGAUCCGGACGACCUGGCCGUGGAGUCAGAGCCAAGACGUUCUGAUGACGAUGACGACGACACUCCUCUCAUCCAGAUUCCGCGUCCUCGCACACGUGCGUCCACGGCGGCCGCUGCACCGUCUCCUGCAGCACGCCCUCCUUCAACAGAUCAGCCCAUGAGCGCACCUGCUGAGGCGACGUUGCCACAUACUGCAGGGCGUAUAGCGGGCACCGGCGACCACGCCGAGCACAAUGCGCCCCCCGGGAGGAGCAUGGCUGCACAUAUAUUGCGGGAGGAUGUGAGGGCGGCGACAACGCAGCGACCGUCACAGGCGCCAGUCGUUUGGGAGUCUGGCACAGACGAUUUGGAGAUGCCUUAUGGCCAGGGGAGGAGGGUUUCCGUGUACGAUCUUCUUCAUUUACAGGGAGGGGUUGAGGCGGUGCCACAGGGGGAGAUUCAUGCUCUGGAUACUACGCACGCACCGGCAGGCGGCACAGGUCGUGGGGAUGGUGUCCUAGGUGUGGUGCCGCAGAGGAGGAGGAAGGACAUUGUGGACGACGAUGAUGCAUAGUUCCACCAUUAGUCUUCUUUCAUCCUCUGAUUCGUAGUAGUGUACAGCUAAGAGGCUCCCACCGACGCCCACCUGCGGCCAACCCCCCCACCCAAACCACUCAAAAAAUUUAUUAAACCCCACUCCCUCCCCACAACCAAAAAAAAAAAAAAAUCUUUUUUUUCUUUUUUGUUUUGUUCAGCCCGACUCCCACCGCCACCCGACACCCAACCACCCGCAAAUCACGUCCGACCCCCCCCUCGAAGACCCCGUACGGACGGCCGGAAUCCCGUACGUACAGGCCGUACGCACGGCAGGGGUCUCGUACGUACGGUCGUACGGGAGUACGUACGGGCCAUAUACGUACGGACGUACACACAUAAUCAAUCAAUCAAUCAUUCAAUC